UACAGGACACUUUGUGAAAGUACGGAAUGUUUGUAACAACGGUAAAAAAUAAAAAAAGAAUGCAUAUUUUACUUAUAAUUUUUGGAGCAAUUUUGUCCUACUUCUUUUGGAUACAAUACAUUUACUAUCGGCAGAAUUCAGCAAAGUCACGUAAACAUUUGUUGCGAUUUAUGUUAUGUAGAGACAAACAAAUCAAAUCGUCUCAAACAAGCGAUUUAACUGGCGAUGUUCGAGCACUCUUUUUAACGGCUCAUCCGGAUGAUGAAUGCAUGUUCUUUGCACCAGCAAUUUUGAGACUCGUGGAACUCAAUGCCUCUGUUCAUUUAUUGUGUUUAUCUCAAGGCAAUUACUACAAUCAAGGGUUCCAGCGUCGAGAAGAGCUUCUAGACAGCUGUGCCGUUUUGGGAAUACCAGCCUCCCAAGUCACUAUACACGACUGCAAAGAACUGCCAGACAAUCCCAACGUAGAAUGGAGCAUCUCAAUGGCCUCCUCUCUAAUCCUGAAGCACAUAAGAGCCCACUCCAUCAACCUGGUGCUGACCUUCGAUGGAAGGGGAGUGAGUGGCCAUAGCAAUCACACUGCCAUCUACAAGGCUGUCAGCUACCUGGCUUCCGUUGGCAACAUACCAGAUGACUGCAGUCUCCUCUCUCUGUCGACCAUUGGUGUUCUCAGGAAGUACCUCUCCUUCCUGGAGCUGCCUAUCAGCUGGCUCCUCCCAUCAGAUCUCUGCUGCGUCAUAGGCUCAAAGGGCUACGUUCAAGCUAAGAGGGCCAUGCUCUGUCACCGUACUCAGCUCCUGUGGUUUCGUUACCUCUACAUUUGGUUUUCACGCUACAUGAUUAUCAACACAUUCCAAGUUAUUGAUCAAGGACCAAAGAAUCUGAAGAUCUAUUAGUGAAAAAUGAGGUUCCUGAUUUAAUCUUCUGAGAACACUGUUACUUGGGUUUGUUAAUCUUACUGUAAUCAGUUUGCGCAUCUUUUUAUGUUUUGCCUCAUCUGACAUAUUGAUCUCAUAGCACUGAUAUAUUCAGACAUACCUAUUGCUACCUAUUGAUUGAAUGUAGAUAUUAUAUUUUUCAAACUUUUUGUUGUUGAAGGAAAUACAUUAUUAAAGUUUCUCUUCCACUCAUUUCCAACAUUGUUAGUUGGGAACAGCUUACUUAUGAUCGUUAAUACACUAUUCUCAGUUUACUGUAAAAAUGUUGACAUAUACUGACACUGUAAAUGAAUAGUGAAUUUGCCAAAUGUAAGUAAAAUGUGAAUACAUAGACAUUGAUUGUAACCAAACAGGGUCCUUUAUAUUUUUGGAAAUGAUGUACAAAAGCUAGAACAAAAGUUCAAAUUGUUAAUGAACCAAAAAAGUUCAUUUGAUUUUAGAAUAAGAAUGUAUCUCAGUUAUAAUACAAUAAAGGACUGUGUUUGAUCUCAGCUACAGUUGAUGUUGGAAGUUUACAUACACUUAGGUUGGAGUCAUUCAAACUCGUUUUUCAACCACUCCACAAAUGUAUUAUAUACAAACUAGUUUUGGCAAGUCGGUUAGGACAUCUACUUUGUGCAUGACACAAGUCAUUUUUCCAACAAUUGUUUACAUACAGAUUAUUUCACUUAUAGUUCACUGUAUCACAAUUCCAGUGGGUCAGAAGUUUACAUACACAAAGUUGACUGUGCUUUUAAACAGCUUGGAAAAUUCCAGAAAAUGAUGUCAUGGCUUUAGAAGCUUCUGAUAGGCUAAUUGACAUAAUUUGAGUCAAUUGGAGGUGUACCUGUGGAUGUAUUUCAAGGCCUACCUUCAAACUCAGAGCCUCUUUGCUUGACAUUAUGGGAAAAUCAAAAGAAAUCAGCCAAGACCUCAGAAAGAAAAUGUGUAGACCUCCACAAGUCUGGUUCAUCCUUGGGAGCAAUUCCCAAAUGCCUGAAGGUACCACGUUCAUCUGUACAAACAAUAGUACGCAAGUAUAAACACCAUGGGACCACGCAGCCGUCAUACCGCUCAGGAAGGCGACGCGUUCUGCCUCCUAGAGAUGAAUGUACUUUUGUGCGAAAAAGUGCAAAUCAAUCUCAGAACCACAGCAAACGACCUUGUGAAGAUGCUGGAGGAAACAGGUACAAAGGUAUCUAUAUCCACAGUAAAACAAGUCCUAUAUCGACAUAACCUGAAAGGCCGCUCAGCAAGGAAGAAGCCACUGCUCAAAAUCCGCCAUAAAAAAGCCAGACUACGGUUUGCAACUGCACAUGGGGACAAAUAUCGUACUUUUUGGAGAAAUGUCCUCGUCUGAUGAAACAAAAAUAGAACUGGUUGGCCAUAAUGACCAUCAUUAUGUUUGGAGGAAAAAGGGGGAAGCUUGCAAGCUGAAGAACACCAUCCCAAUCGUGAAGCACGGGGGUGACAGCAUCAUGUUGUGGUGGUGCUUUGCUGCAGGAGGGACUGGUGCACGUCACAAAAUAGAUGGCAUUGGGGGAAGGAAAAUUGUGGAUUUUUGAAGCAACAUCUCAAGACAUCAGUCAGGAAGUUAAAGCUUGGUCGCAAAUGGGUCUUCCAAUGACACCAAGCAUACUUCCAAAGUUGUGGCAAAAUGGCUUAAGGACAACAAAGUCAAGGUAUUGGAGUGGCCAUCACAAAGCCCUGACCUUAAUCCUACAGAAAAUGUGUGGGAAGAACUUAAAAUGUGUGUGCGAGCAAGGAGGCCUACAGACCUGACACAGUUGCACCAGCUCUGUCAGGAGGAAUGGGCCAAAAUUCACCCAACUUAUUGUGGGAAGCUUGUGGAAGGCUACCCGAAACAACAUUUGACCUAAGUUAAACAAUUUAAAGGCAAUGCUACCAAAUACUAACUGAGUGUAUGUAAACUUCUGACCCACUGGGAAUGUGAUGAAAUAAAUAAAUAAUUCUCUCUACUAUUAUUCUGACAUUUCACAUUCUUAAAAUAAAGUGAGGAUCCUAACUGACCUAAGACAGGGAAUUUUUACUUGGAUUAAAUGUCAGGAAUUGUGAAAAACUGAGUUUAAAUGUAUUUGGCUAAGGUGUAUGUAAACUUCCGACUUCAACUGUAUGUGUUUCUGCUGCAGGCUUGGACAAGUCUCUGAUAUUCGGGUGGUUCUUCAUGGUCUCCUCAUACUUCUGUCCACAGAACUUCUCUACUGUCACACUGCGUAUAGUACCUGGGUCCAAACAGUGAGGAGCUAUGCCUGGGGUGGAAACAACACACAAACAAACCUUUUGGUUCAGUUUCAUGCAUGCGAGACACUUUAACCCAUUGCUAUCGUCACCGUUUUACCACAAACAACAAUUCAAGACAUGUUUUAGGUUUACAUAAUAAGCAAAGGUAUACAUGACUUCUAUUGUGUUUCUUACUGGUUGUCCUUACCAUAUCCAUCUGGAUUGGAACGUGGGGUGAAGAAACUCUGGACUCCACAGGUACUACAAAAUGUGUGCUUGCCAAUAUGUGUAUUAAAUGUAUAUGUGUUAAUAUUCUCCAAACCCUGAAACAAGAAAUUAACCAAAUUAACAUUCAAACUGACCAACCUGGUAGAGCUAUUACCAAACUUCACCCUGUAAAAAUGUUGUAUUACCUGUAAAAGGGUAAACUGAUUUUCUGGCACAAUGAAAUGAUGGUUUUGCUUCUUGGUGCAGAUGCUACAGCUAGUUAAAGAAACCAGAAUGAGUCAUAUUGUGAUGGACAUAGUAAGUUAUAAUUCCGUAAUAGAAAUAUGAUUGUAAAAUAAUCAAAACAGUUAAUCUACAGAGAUUUUGUCAUUUGGGCAGGAAGUAAGUAAACAUUGUCUGAGCCAGAACAGCCCAUAGUUUCCUUUUUAUUUUUGCUCAUUCUCAAACCUGUAUCUCCAAUUCUCCAUCACUAUAAAUUGGGGUCCCAGAUUUGCAUUGUUUUUCUUUCUGUUAUCCUACCAAGACCCAGCAAUUCAUUUUUUCCUCUCUAGUGGACAUCAGUUCUUGGUCAGUAUCUCUGAGGCCGUACAAGCCACUAGAUUAAGAACUGUUGUCCCUUUAAGAGGACAUUCUGGGCUUUUCAAUGAUUUCACGUGUGGGGGUGUGACCUUGACAACCCUAUAUUGCUGGUUCUUUAAAACAAUUGCACAUUUUAUGGACAUUUGAAAAUAAAUGUAAUUAUGAAUUGUAA